UGUGCCAAAGAGGAGGGCUUAUUAUAAAAACAUUUAAUGUGUUUGUUGAUCUUUAUUUUUAAAUAAUUUAAAAGAUGGAAUAAGCUAUAUCUAAAGCACUGGUUAUUAUUAUUAUUAAAUGUAAAACUGGUGAAGUAAGGUACUGUUUUUUGUGACAGUGCCUGUUAUUUGGGAACAUUGGUUUGACUGAUGAGAACUUAGGUUCUCAAAGCUUAGAUGUUGGUGUUAGAAAGACUUCUUCAUGUUGAGUGGAAGUAGCACUGAUUUGUAGCGAAUAGUUUGCAAUUAAAAAAAGCAACCAAACUUUAGAAAAUAUUCUAAGUUAUUGAUCAUCAAAAAAGUGGUAAGAAAAUUGCUUUAGAAAAAGUAAUACUUUAUAGUUUUUUGAACUUCCUAAGUAUUUGAUUAAAAUAAGUAUAUGUAUUUUCUAAUACUUUACACAUGAUGCAGAUUUUGGUAAUGAUUCAUUUGAAAUUUUUUAAGUGAUGGAAAUGGAAAGUCUUUCUGUUGUUUUAUUUCAGCUCUUGCUUUUAAAAAUGCCAAACAGUUUGAGCAAGCAAAAGAUGCCUGCCUGAGAGAAGCUGUUGCCCAUGAGAAUAACAGGGCUACAUCCAUUCAGUCUUUUUCAUGCUGCCAAAGCUUAUGAGCAAGCUGGCAUGAUGCUGAAGGAGAUGCAACAACUACCACAGGCUGUUCAGCUGAUUGAGAAAGCCAGCAUGAUGUAUCUCGAGAAUGGCACCCCUGACACGGCAGCCAUGGCCUUGGAGCGAGCUGGAAAACUUAUAGAAAAUGUAAAUCCAGAAAAGGCUGUACAGUUGUACCAACAGACAGCUAAUGUCUUUGAAAAUGAGGAACGUUUACGACAGGCAGUUGAAUUACUAGGAAAAGCCUCCAGGCUGCUAGUACGAGGACGCAGGUUUGAUGAAGCGGCACUCUCUAUUCAGAAAGAAAAAAAUAUUUAUAAGGAAAUUGAGAAUUAUCCAACUUGUUAUAAGAAAACAAUCGCUCAAGUCUUAGUUCAUCUCCACAGAAAUGACUAUGUGGCUGCAGAAAGAUGCGUCAGGGAGAGCUACAGCAUUCCAGGGUUUAAUGGGAGCGAAGACUGCGCUGCCCUGGAACAGCUUCUUGAAGGGUAUGACCAGCAAGACCAAGACCAAGUGUCCGAGGUCUGCAACUCGCCCCUCUUCAAGUACAUGGACAAUGAUUAUGCUAAGCUGGGCCUGAGCUUGGUGGUCCCAGGAGGGGGAAUCAAGAAGAAAGCUGCCGCAGCACCGCAGGCCAAGCCCGAAGGCACCGCUGCGCCCACUGCAGAGGAAGAGGAAGAUGAAUAUGCAGGAGGGCUGUGCUAGGCUUUGCAGAAAGAAGGGAAGCAUCCCCCUGUGCCAUUCAUGGCCUUGGGACAUGUCUAAGGGCACCCAAACUCAUUUCAGUCAUGGCUUUGAAUGCUAAUAAAGACAGAUUUUGUAGUUCCCAUUUCCCCCAAAUCACUCAUUGUACCCACUGCCUGUGAAGCGUUUUUCUUUCUUUCCAAAGACACCAGGAGGAAUUAAUAGAAAAAAGUACUGUCACAUUUUAAUACAAUUGAUUUUAAAGUUUGCAGGCCAUAUUCUAAGACAGAUUUGUUCUAAACAAAACGAAAAGGACAAUAGGCAUAUUCUUUUUCUUGUAAUCUGUUAGAGAAUUUUCUUUGCAUUUUAUUUAACAAUUGCUGCUAAAAUUGAAGUUUACUGGUUAAACAAAAUAAUAUUUUAAAUAUUUGUUUUGUUAUGUUUUGAAAAGGAAAUUUAUUUCCCAUAAUAUUAGCUACAUUUAAAUUAAAUCUUUGUUCAGAGGUGAAAUUGGAACAGGAAGCUAUUUUGAGCCUUAUAAUAUUAUUUAAACCAAUAAAGGAUGAUUUAAAGUCUUAUAUGUAAGUGUGAAAGUUCUGAAGGUUGCAUGUGAAAGUGAUUCUGUAAAUGUCUUCAGUCUCUCUGAAAUAUGGGUAUUUGUCCCACCAAAAAACCACAUAGUGACUGUCUCCAAACCUGCUUUGUUCUUGAUUCAGUGGGCGCUAAUGUGGACCUUCUUAUGCCUUCUAGUAAAGAGGUAGUUUCCACACCAAUUUAUAUACACAUUUUUUCCUCCUAAAUAAUUUAGAGUUGUAACAGGACAGUAACGUGACAUGGGAAAUACUGUAUACCACAAAAAUUUACCUGAAAUGGGAGGAUUGUGUUUGAAGUACUUACAUUUAAGGUACUAUGCUGCCAAUAUUUUGUUACCUUGAAAGGUUUAGAAGCAUUCCUCUUUCAACCUGUGUGGCUUAGAUCCAUCUCCCAGUCUAUUAAUUUGAAAGAGGCUCCAAACACCAGCAGUGUGCAUUCUGCAGGCAGAUGCUACCCAGAGUGGUUUCUUGUUCGUUCACGGCCUGUCUCUCCCCUUAGAGCCCUACCUGGUGCAGGUGCAAUGUGCUCAGUUUUACUAGACUUCCUGAAAAUACUGUGGUGGAUGGUCACGAGUGGUUUUGGUCAUGGUUGGUUCUGUGGGAGACCUUAGACAUUUGUGUGCCUGGGGUGGGGGGAUGUUAGGAUAGAAAUCUCUAUUGAAGGUCUGAUUCAAAACACUAAUAAAUUUGAUGUUUUGAUUCCUUAAGUUGCUUGCAUAGUUCAGUGAGUAUCAGCUAAUUUUCAGUAAUUGUUUGGAGAUUAAUUUUGAACAAUCUCAGUAAAACUAUAUUUAGGCCAUUGUAUUUAAUGAUGCCAACAUUUCAAAUUUCCUAUUGUUGUACCCUUUAGGUCCAGUGAGAAGCUUCCAGAGUCUUAUAUUAAUGCUCAUUUGGGCUAAUUAGCAACCUUCAAACAGGCCUGGCAGCACUUAAAAGAUAUUUUACACUAUUUGUUUAUAGACCAUAUUAUCCGUACAGCCUUGGAAAAUUUUUUUUUCCCUUUUACUCUUUUCGUAGAUAUUAAGCAAAAAUGAGGAACGAUUCAGUGCAUUCUGUAGCCGCAGUGCAAGUGAGUCUUAACAUUAAAAGGUUAAUGUUAAAAUAAGCACAACCUCCCUGCCCACACGUAAGAACUAAUACACAGGACUUGUGGAUUUUCAGGGCUGUUCUGUAUGGUGUCCAGUAAAAAGCAUUGCUUCCACAUUUAUGCAUUUAAUUUUUCCACUUAUAUGUCUUUAUUUUUAGAGAAUAGAGUGGAAAACGUGUGUUUACAAAAGGAAAAGUUGUUUUCCAGAACUCAUGUCAUUACUUUUACCAAAGUGGAAGUCUGCAUGAAUAUGCUCAGCAUCUGAUGUUCAAUGUUCUGUUAUACUGUAAGUGCAGCCAGCCCACAAAAUAUAUGUAAUAUAUUGAUUUAUUUGUAUAUAUGCAGAGUAUGGUAUUUUGUGCUUUAUACCUAUUUUUGUCCAGCUCUUUGAUGAGUAGGAUAUUAAAUGUGUUAUGGAAAUGCAGAUUAUUUCUUCAAUGAUAAGAUAAUUAUGAAAAUAAAAUCUGAAACUAUGUAAAUAUGA